AUGACCACGAUGAUGAUGAUUAUCAUCAUCAGAAUGAGGAUCUUCAAGUAUGGAAGCAUGGUGCUUUUUGAUACUUUUGUAAGCAUCCUCAGCCAUAACCUUGCUGAACCAGCAUAUGAAGCCGAUGUUGCUCAGUUGGAAUAUAAAGUGAUGGCUAAAGAGCAUGGCUUGACCAUUCGAGUGAAAGGCUUUAACCACAAGUUACCUAGACAUACGACUAACAAUAUUGGAGCAUGGCAGAUGGUCAUUAAUAGAGAAAUAUCAAACUUUGAUCAAUGGAUAUGGGAAGAGAUUCAGAAGAUUGAAGCCAAUGAAUUUUGUUUCCAGGAACAGACGGACCCAAUUGAGUUCGUAGAAAAUAUAUGUGAAAAUAUGCACCUCUUUGAAAAGGAAGACUUACUAACAGGAGAUCAACUACUGAUUGAAUAUAAUGCUGAGAUCAUUGCUGAUGCCCUUAAUCAUCUCACUCCUGAAAAAGUAAACAUCUUUCUCUUAUCUCCUUCCCACGAGGGACAAUGCUCCAAGAAAGAAAAGUGGUUUGGGGCACAAUAUUGUAUGUUAGACAUUGACUCAUAUUGGAGCACGUUGUGGAGGACUGAUUUCCCCCUCAAUCCAGAUUUACAUCUGCCACAAGAAAAUAAAUAUAUAGCCACAGAUUUCUCUGUGAAAGAAACAGAUACCCGUGCUCCAGAAUAUCCUACCAAAAUAAUAAACACACGUGAAGGGUGUCUAUGGUACAAGGAAGACAAUAAAUUUGGUGUCCCCAAAGUUAUUCCAGUGAAAGAAAUACAUUCUCUGAACAUUUCUUGGGCUCUUCCCCCACAGGAAAAGAAUUACAAUUACCAUGUCUACCCUGCUACAAGAAAUACUUCUGGGAUCCUGGGUUUUUCUGUUACCGUAACAACACAGGCAACCAAAUAUAACUCUGAAUAUGUUGACAAAAAAAUAGAAGAAUUCUUUGCCCACUUUGAGGAAAGACUCCGGAAUUUGUCUGAAGAAGAAUUUCUUGCUCAGACCGGAGCUAAGAAAUUAAAAGACUAUACACUUACAGAACUGCUUGUGGUGAUAGGCUAUGGUAAACAAGAAGGAGAUGUGAAUGUUAAACCUAUUUCCAUUGUCCAAGAAUCUAUGUUUAGCAGAGAACCGCAACUGACCUUUUUGCCUUCUUCUCCUCUGUUGAAUAUCCCCGCUAUACUGGACAUUAGAUCUUUCAUCUCAACUCUCAACAUUCUUCCUUACCAUAAGAUAUUAAAGUAA